AUGGACAAGAAAGUCGAAAGAACCCCUGAGGAGUUGGAGGCAGACAACUUUAUCAACGCUUUUCAUUCGCCAGGCAUGGGCAUUAAGCAGUGUAUACAAGAAUACGAGGACGUUGAGAAGGUGAAGCUCUAUGAAAAGAUGGCCUCAAGACACAACUACAGCGGUCCACUCUACUGUGCUGACAUGUUGUCUGGUCUCAUCCAGGACAGAGCCAAUGCCCUGGUGCUAGACGUCGCCGCUGGGACAGGCUGGGUGGGUGAAGAGCUUCACAAGCGAGGCUUCAGGAAAAUUGUAGCACACGACGGUGCUCAGGCUAUGCUGGACAUCUGCAGGGAGAAGAACGUCUACUCGUCCUUCAUCUGUAGUAUCGUUGACGAGGGCUACAAGUUCCCUGUGAAAAACGACACGUACGAAGCUGUGACCAUCAGCGGUGCCGUGUGUGAGAACCAUCUGCCGCCAUCUUGUCAGGUAGAGCUGAUCAGGAUCACCAAGCCUGGGGGAUUUAUCGUAAAUGUGUUCCGUGCGACAGUGCUGAACCUGGACUACGGACGGGCCUGGGAGAACGAGGCCAAGAGGCUGGUCAGUGAGAAGAAGUGGACAUUGUACGGCAGGCUGAUGGCCCCUGGCUUCUCCAAUGUCGUCGAUGGUUUGGUGGACAUUUACCAAGUCAACUAA